ACGCGCUAAGACGCGUAGAGCGAGAGGUUAUUUUCAUUGAAGACUCGCCUUUGCGGCCGGCUGCUAUCAGAACGCCAAUCCUCAUUCAAAGCUCACCAGAACGUAGUCCAACACCGGCUCACUAUUCUAUUCAACCCGCCAAGGAGGUCAAGAAGCCAUUGCAUCCUUUCUUCGCUCCCAAACUAGUUGUUCCGAAAUCAUCAGCUAAAGCAGUGGAAUCGGACGCUUCUACGCCUACUCAGCCUACGGUAGUGCGCUAUGAGAAUGCUCCAUGGCCAUCUGCAGAAGACAUUCAUUGUGGUGCAACGCGACAUACUCAUGACUGUCCUCCCGCAGUAUUUUCCCCCAGGCAAGUCAAGAGACCCUCACUAUCAUUGGAGAGAUCGAAAUCUUCUCAGAAGAGUCGCACGAGAGGAACUGGAAUAGCCGACUUUGUUGAUCUCAGGGAGCAUGCCGAGUCUUCUAUGCUUUUGCCUUUGAUGGGUAAAGCUGAGGCGAUAGCGGGUAUCCCUAGAGAACACAGAGAUCAUCCGGGUUUGGAACGCCUACUAGACCAGGAAUACUCCAAUUGCCAGCACAAUCGUCUAUGGAAUGACAAGUAUGCACCAAAGCGAGCCGUAGAAGUACUAGAGAAUACAGAGAAAGCUGUAUACCUCCGGUCAUGGCUGAAGGAACUCGAACUACAGUUCUCUGACCCAGUGUCUUCCCAAGCCUCAAGAGGAGUGAAACGACCACGACCGGCCAUUCAGAGAGAU